AGAAGAAGGAAUCCCAGUAAACAGACCGAGAAGAAGCCAGCUAACACUCAGAUGCGGAAAGUGUUGCCUGUUGUAGUACAGGAUUCAUCCAGGACUGGUAUAAUCAGUGAUGUGCUUGUCCCCUCUGGCUUAGUGGGGAACUAUAGCUGGACCCCCUCCUUGUCCUUUUGGUUUUCCCUCUGAAGACUUCCCUUCUCGUCCUCCACCUCCUCUUCCUCCCUCCGGCCGCCCCUGUGAUGCCUCCCCCGUGCUGUGGCUACCUGUCACAGUACACUCAUCACCAUCUGGUUGCCUUCCUCCUCACCUUCUUUAGCUAUGUGUUGCUGCAUGCAUCCAGGAAGACAUUCAGCAAUGUAAAAGUCAGCAUCUCGGCCCAGUGGACACCAUCUGUCCGGAAUGGCAGCGCACCAGCUUUCUCCCCUGGCGAGACAUGGGAGGACAAUCAUCUGUUUGAAGAUGAAAAGCAGGCCACUCUGUUCCUGGGAGCUCUGGACUCCAUCUUCCUCUUCUCAUAUGCGGUGGGUCUGUAUUUGAGCGGUGUGAUCGGGGACAGAGUGAACCUGCGCUACGUGCUCUGCUUCGGCCUGUGUGGCUCUGCUGCAGUGGAGUUUGUGUUUGGCACUCUCACCGAAUGGCUCCACAUCUACAACAUCUAUCUGUACUGUGGCCUUUGGGUGGUGAACGGCCUGCUGCAGUCAGCCGUCUGGCCCUGCGUUGUGGCCGUCAUGGGCAACUGGUUCGGCAAAACGGGCCGUGGCUUUGUGUUUGGCCUGUGGAGUGCUUGUGCCUCUGUAGGCAACAUCCUGGGUGCCUUCCUGGCUUCUAGCGUGCUCAAGUAUGGAUAUGAGUAUGCCUUCCUGGUGACAUCAGUGGUCCAGUUUGCCGGUGGGGUGGUGGUGUUCUUUGGCCUACUUACCUCUCCAAAAGAAGUCGGUUUGAGCUCAGACUCAGAGACCGGACUGAGUGCGGUGGAGACGGACUCUGACAGCCACAGGCCUUUGAUGAGUGACGAGGAUGAUGAUGUGGAGGCGGAGGUGUAUGACAGACAAUGCCCGUCGAUUCAGCAGCAGGACGAACCUCCUGCAGAGAUUCCCAGAGCAAUCGGCUUCUGCCAGGCUUUCUGUCUGCCUGGAGUGUUGCCUUAUUCCCUGGCUUAUGCUUGUCUGAAGCUGGUCAACUACUCCUUCUUCUUCUGGCUUCCUUUCUACCUGAGCAACAACUACGGAUGGAAGGAGGCUGAGGCCGACCGCCUGUCUGUGUGGUACGAUGUUGGAGGGAUUAUUGGAGGGACAGUUCAGGGUUUGAUUUCUGACUUAAUGGGAAAGAGAGCCCCAGUGUUGGCCGUUAGCCUGGCGCUGGCGAUGGGAGCCCUGGUUGGAUACAGCAACUCACCCAAUGACAAAGUGAUAAACUCUGCGCUGUUAGCUACUACUGGCUUCUUCAUUGGCGGUCCAUCUAAUAUGAUCAGCUCCGCCAUAUCUGCUGACCUCGGCAGACAGGAUGCUCUGAGGGGCAGUCAGGAGGCCUUGGCUACUGUCACUGGCAUAGUGGAUGGAACUGGAAGCAUAGGAGCUGCUUUUGGACAGUACCUGGUCUCCCUGAUUGAGAGCAGGCUGGGCUGGAUGUGUGUCUUCUACUUCUUCGUGGUCAUGACAGCGGGUAGCAUUGUGUUCAUCACUCCGUUGCUCCUCAAUGAGGUGCGUGCCAUGUGGAGGGACAGACAAGCGCUGCGACGCCAGCUGUGAAAGUGACAUCUGCCAGCCAUUAUUGUCCUACUCUUAUCAGUGACACAGCAGGGCUGCUCACAAACGGCUGCUAUUAAGUGAGUUUUGGGAAGUGGAAAGAUUGAUGGGAUGCUGUUUCUCACUGCCACAAUUAGAGAGACACCACUUUACUUCCCACAACCACCGUUUUUUGUAUAUUAACACCCAUGUGAGCAGGCAGACAGUCUCCGACCACAAAACUGAAGUCUUAUCCACUCACUAAAAGCCUAAAAAUGUAAAUGCACACUUAUUUUAGUGUGACUAAAAGGAUUUAGACGUUGAGUUGAAGUGCCUGUUUGAAAAAGGCUAAUAAAUGGAGCUGUCCAGUCUAUGAAUUCGGUCCUUACGGGGCCAUCACGGAAUGUACAACUGUAUAUAUUUUAUGAUUUAAAAUGGAUGUAAAAAUCUUUUUUUAAAUGAAGAUGCUCUAGGGCCAAGUUGAAUGAAGUUUAGCCCUUUAAAAUUACGGGUUCUUAACCCAAAGCUCAGGCCCUCUGAGAUAAUUUUGGGGGUCAGGAUCGCCUAAAGAAUGUGAAUAAUAAUUGUAAUGCAGAAAUGCGUUGUCAGCUUUUGUAGAUAUGUAUGAUAUUUUUGUUGCUUGUGGUCAAGAUAAUGAACAUUGCACUGUAGUAUGGUGAUUAGGCAAAGGUUUAAGUGAUUCACUUAGAUCUUAACUGGGUAUUUUUGGAAACUUUCUCGUCACAGCCACUUGAUUUCUCUUGUUUACAGUUUUUUGAAUCAGGGUUAUAAAACUAUAAUGUAUAUCCAGGGACUGGUUCUCUAAAUUCUGUCACUGAAUGAUAAAUGCUCAUUCCUUUUUGAAGUUUUAGUGUCUUAAGUCACAAGCAAUCGCCGUGAAAACCGUCACACAAACACCGUCAGGAACACGAUGAGAAAAAUACCAUUGUCUUGUCUCACACAUUUGGUUUAUAGUGUAGCUUCCCUAUUGCACAUUAAAUGUAAAAUACACAUAAUAGCAGAAGCUGCACAUUUGCACAUUUGUUUGGGGAACUUGACUGCAAAUCUGUCGGAAAAUAUUUGUUAUUGACUUUUAAAGGCCACUGAAGGUCCAAUACUUUUACAAUAUCAAUACCAGCCACAUGCUAGUUUAUGUUUUUAUGUUUGGGCAGGUUGUCUUCUUUACGAGACACUGUAACCAGACAACAACAACAGACAGCAGAUUGUCUUGAUUUAAAAUCAGUAAGAAAGACUGAGUAGUGAUUUUCCAGA